CUGUUUAAUGAAAUGAAAGACAUCAAACACGCAAGACUUAAUGAGCUCUCAGUGUUUGAAGAAGCUUUUGAAGUCUUAAAGAAGGAAAACCUCAAGGUUAUGAAAGAAAAUAUUGAUCUACGAGAAAGAGACAAACAUCUAUCACUCAUCAUGUCAGAUUUAAGCAUAAAAGUAAAGGAACAGGAGCUGGAAAUAAAAAGUUUAGUCACAGCAAUAAAACUCCUCCAAGACGAUAGUAAGAAAAACCAUCCAGAUGGUAACCAGGCCGCAGCAUGGCAUACCAUUCCCACUUCGGUUAAGUCCAGAGUGCCCCCCACAACUCAGUCAAACAUCAGAAAUGUCGACACAAGCAACCAGUUUGAGGUGUUAAGUGACAUUGAGAAUGAUGAUGCUCCAUCUAAUGAACAACAAGGCAAACAAGGACAAACUACCAACCACUCACGCAUAUUAAGUAACACAAGUAAUGAAGAUGAAGUGGUAACUAUGCCUCCCCUGAAUCAACCCCCGGAAAGAAAUAAAAGCAGUCAGCACAGGGGUCAAACACACCAUCACACUAAACAACCUGGCCAAUCUUUUCAUGAUGGGAAGCGAAGGAAUUCUAAUAAUCCUAUCUGUGGAACCGAAUUAGAAAAUCCUCACCACAAGGUGGUAAAAGGUAGCACACAAGACUCACAAAUAAAUCAAUCAAGAGUUGUCAUAUUAGGGGAUUCUAUGCUGAAACAUUUGAAUACAAGAAGAAUGCAAAAUGGACUGAGUAGUCAAAAAGUCAACAUUAAGACAUUUCCAGUUGCAGGAGUUGAUCAAAUGAAACACUACGUGAUUCCAACCCUGAAUACAAAGCCAGACAAAAUUAUUAUGCAUAUCGGAACAAAUGAUCUUCACAAUACAACACCAGAAAAGCUACUACAGUCCAUAAAUGACCUCGGAAAGAUAAUUACACAACAGAAUAAGGGUAUAUCAAUUGCUUGGUCUGAAAUCAUCACAAGAAAAGAUGACCAGAACUUAGCAGACAAGAUGAAUGAUAUCGAAACCCCCACACUCCGCUAUAAUUAUGUACGGUUCUGAGAGGAGAGCUGGCGAUAAAAACGAUGAAGCAAGAAGGAGGAGUAAGCGGGAUAAGGUAGAGUGAGCAGGUGCACAGGGAAGGCAGGGAAAAAGGGAGCUUGAAAAAAGUGGAGCAGAUGCAAAAAGUUACCAGGCGCCUGGCGGCAAGAGAGUCAAGUGAUGGAGGGAAGAAGAAAGGCGAGAAACAAAAAGCAAAGAGGGGGUUUGCUUCCAAUUUUAUGUUUCUCAUAACCUAUCCUCGCCCGAUCCGGCGCAAAAAUUGGGGAAUUCGUGCUGAGGUUUUUCGUUCCUGUCCACGGCAUCAAAAAUCGUAGUCCCGCACUAGUUUAACUUAAAGAAAUAUAACAUUAACAAUAGUUUAGGAGACAAAAUGUA